CCGGGGGUACCCCCCGGGCCCCAUGGCCCCUUGCCAUUCCCCAACCAACCAACUCCUCCCGCAACGAUGCCAGGGGCAGUGCCAGGCAGCGGGCACCCAGGCGUGGCGGGUAAUUCUCCUUUGGGUUUGCCUUUUGGCAUGCCGCCUCCUCCUCCUCCCGCUCCAUCCAUCAUCCCAUUUGGUAGUCUAGCCGACUCCAUCAGUAUUAACCUGCCCCCUCCUCCUAACCUGCAUGGGCAUCAGCACCAUCUCCCGUUUGCCCCAGGCACUCUCCCCCCACCUAACCUGCCUGUGUCCAUGGCGAACCCUCUACAUCCAUAUCUGCCGGCGACCACCACCAUGCCAUCUUCCUUGCCUUUCAGGCCAGGGCUCGGAUCCGCCGCAGCCCAGAGCCCUGCCAUUGUGGCAGCUGUUCAGGACAACCUCCUGCCCAGUGCCAGCCCACUGCCAGACCCAGGUACCCCCCUGCCUCCAGACCCCACGGCCCUGAGCCCAGGCAUAGUCACCCCUGUGCCACCUCCACAGUGAGGAGCCACCCAGACAUCUCUCUCCCUCACCCCCUAUGGAGAUCAAGGUUCCAGGAACAGCCCUCUCCCCACCACUGGGACCCUUCCCCAGCCUGGAGAGUUCAUCACUACGUAAGGAAAGCUCCUCCUGCCCCUCCAAAGCCCCCACCAUGCCUGUCAGAGGCAUGCAUUUUUAUAUCGGAUUAUUCAAGGACUUCUGUUUAAAAGAUGUUUCUAAUGUCUGGGAGAGCAGAUAGGAUGGGGAUGCUGCCCUCAAAGAAAGGGCUGGGGAAAGGUGUUUAUACAAGGUUCUAAUUAACCACUUUUAAAGGUGCACCCCCUCAAAACUACUGCAUUUUUUAUGGAUGGAAAAAAAAAACAAUGAAGCCCUUUAAAGGAAGCAGAGAGAUAUAAGAAGGCCACAUUGGAGCUCCCUCCAACCACUAAAAAAAAAA